GGAGCAGGAUCCGAGGAACCUGACAGCUGCAUCUUCACAGCGACAAGAGACUCUCCAAAGCCUGGCUCUGUGCACCAUGACUACAGAGCUGCUUGCUGAUGAAGAUGGGUUCUACUCCAAGGCCCAGAAAUACUGGAAGAAUAUUCCCGCUACAGUUGAUGGUAUGUUAGGGGGCUAUGGGCACAUCUCCAACAUUGACAUCCACUCCUCCAGGAAGUUUCUGCAGAGGUUUGUUGGGGAAGGGUCCGGGAAAGCAGGACUUGGCUGUGCGCUAGACUGUGGCGCUGGGAUUGGCAGGAUCACCAAGCGACUACUUCUGCCAAUGUUUAAAGUUGUCGACAUGGUGGAUGUGACCGAGAGCUUCUUAACCAAAGCGAAGGCCCACCUCGGGGAGGAAGGCAAUCGUGUGGGUAACUAUUACUGCUGCGGUCUGCAGGACUUUGUCCCCCAGCCUCAGCGAUAUGAUGUCAUCUGGAUCCAGUGGGUCAUAGGACACCUGACGGACUCCCACCUCAUCCAGUUCCUCAAGAGGUGUCAGAAGGGGCUUCGUCCGAACGGGAUCAUCUGUGUGAAGGACAAUGUCAGCCAGGAAGGGGUGAUUGAGGAUGAGGUGGACAGCAGUGUGUGUCGUGACCUGACCUCCCUUCGGAACAUUGUCCGGCUGGCAGGGCUCCAUGUGUUAGCCGAAGAGAAACAGGAUAACUUUCCCGACGAGAUUUAUCAGGUGUACAGUCUGGCUCUGAGGUGAAUCUGACUGAUCCCGUGUGGCUGGGGAUGGGGAGAGGGAGAGAAGUGAAGAGGAGAGCACGGCGCUCUGCUGCAGAGCUGAACCUGACUCAAUGGCAGCUCCCCAUCAGGAGCUGCAUUCCUCUUUCCACCAGGCUGAUCCAUCCAGCUGUCAAGGGAAACAUUGAAAAGCAAUAGAGGGAGAGAGAGAGAGAGUUCCAGAAGAUUAAUGCACUGGUUUGGAGUCUGACCAAUCGCUUUCAAAUGAACCUGUGUUUCUUCAGAGCACUGGAAGAAAUGAAAACUGGGAAAUCUGGGAAAGAGUGUGUCUCACCGGAUGAGUUGGAAUCCAGCUCCUUUUCCCAUUCUCUAAAAGCUUUGAGUUGGACAGCAGUGAGUCCCAGUCUGGAAUGAAGCUGUUAAUCCUGGCUGAGAGAUCAGCGUGGUGCUUUUUAACCCAGGGUCCAAUCCAGUCAGCAUUUCUCUCUCAAACAACAUCCCAGAAAAACAUCAUCUGCUCAUUCAUCAUGUUGAUCUCUGUCGAACUGAGCUCUGCACCAUGUGGCUUUCCUAUUUGCUGUUAGAAUAGUGACUGCUUUUCAAAGUAAUUUGUUGUAGUUGAAGCACUUUGGUGAUUCCUGAAGAGCAGUAUUCCCUUGAUCUCAUCACAUCGGCACGACUCUCAAAUUACAGGGUUCUUCUGUCGCAGUCUUCCAUUCUCUACCUUUCCUCCCUUCCCCACUCGCUCUCUCUGUGUCUCUCUCUCUGUGUCUCUCUCUCUGUGUCUCUCUCUCUGUGUCUCUCUCUCUGUGUCUCUCUCUCUCUCUGUGUCUCUCUCUCUCUGUGUCUCUCUCUCUCUGUGUCUCUCUCUCUCU